AUGUGGUUCUCUCGACACCAUCGCGCGAUCCUCAGGACUAAGAACCGCGAGAUGAGCUUCAGCGAUAUCGGGAAGGCAGUGGGGGUGCUGUGGAAGUCGGCAACGGAUGAACAAAAGCGACCUUUUGACGACCUUUCCGCCGAGGUGUGUGUAACAUGUAACGGCUUCGGGCCGUGCUACCUACCGCUCAUAUUGUAG